UCAUGCAUUACGCGCGCGAGCUUUGUUUCCGAAGGCGGCCAUUUUGGUGUUGUGUGAGGGAAGGUGAGCGGAUUUUUCUAGUGUCGUCCUUUUUCUCUCGCCCGAGACAAGCGGCUGUUCUUUUAAGCCAUGCCGGGGAACGAGGACGGCGGCAGCAAGGGCCUCACUCCUCGGGUCGUGGACGAGCUGUGCGCGGUGACGUACGUGGAAGACUACCUCGACUGUAUCGAGUCGCUACCAGACGACUUGCAACGGAACGUGUCCCAACUCCGAGAGAUCGACGCCCAGUUCCAGGAGGUGAUGAAGGAGAUAGAAGAAAGCCAGGAGCGUUACCUGAACGAGAGUGACCCCAUCGUCCGGCGGCGCAAGCUCAUCCAGAUCCAGCGAGGGUUGGUCAAGAGCCAGGAGCUGGGAGACGAGAAGCUACAGCUGGUGUCCGCCAUGGUGGACAUGGUGGAGAACCGGGCGCGCCAGCUGGACGAAGACCAGCGGAACCUGGACGCCGGCAAGGACACCGACCACCCACCGGAGAUCAUCAAACCCGAGCAGCCGCCGGAGAGGAACAACAAGCGCUCACGACGGCAGCGCAGCCACGAGAAACGGGAAGCGCAGGACAAGGACAUCCCCAGUGACAAUCCCAAACCGGUCAAGAAGAAGAAGAGGUCAAAGGCGAAAGCAGAGAAGCAGCGUGAAGAGCGGGAAAGCUCGCCCUCCGAACUGGCCAUUGAUCCAAACGAGCCCAGAUACUGUCUGUGUAACCAGGUGUCCUAUGGUGAAAUGAUCGGCUGUGACAAUGAGGAGUGUGAGAUCGAGUGGUUCCACUUUGACUGUGUCGGACUCCACAACAAGCCCAAGGGCAAGUGGUACUGUCCCAAGUGCCGCGGGGACAAGGCAACGGAGAGAGGCCCAGGCAUCGACAAGAAAAGCCACGGACAUGAUACAGAUGAGAAGAAAAAACGCGGUGGCAAUAGGUAGUAUGUUGCCUGGCAGCAGAAUAUUAUUGAAAUUCAAAUAUGAAUAUAUUACCCAUAAAUGGGAUGAACUUUCAAAAUGAUAUCACCUUAGCACAAAGUUCUCAUAGUUACAUCAGAGUUAAGCUAAGCAUUAAGUUAAGUUUGCCAUGAAUUUGAAUGUUCUAGUAUCCGGCAUGGGUAGCCUACUAGUAUGUAAAAUAAAUUCAAACUUUUCUACAGAAAUUUGACCUGGUAAAAUAGUAUUUACAAUUUGUUAUCUGUACAAAUUCAUUUGUCAUCUACUUAAUCAUUGCAAAUUCACCAUUAUUCUUGAUAUACUGUACAUAUAUAAAAGUGUAAGGUAGCCCCUAUGUAGCAUAGAAUGCAUGUAACAUUGUCAUGGAAGAAAAAUACUGCCAGAAUGACAAGGAACAAAAUACACUUACACGUAUGAACUAAGUCUUUUCUUAAUUGCAUUACCGAAUUGUAAAUUCCCACGGUUGUAAAUGUAAUGCAUGAGAUAAGAUUUAUCCCCUGAAUAGUGGAAUGCCUGUUUAUAAAUACUUAACAUGUAUCAAUGGCAGUCCAUGCACUAUGACAUGUAACUAUGCUCUCUGACUUGCAUUUCAGUUUAUUAACCUGAGUAGAGUUUUCUUUGAAUUAGUCCCUUAGUUUUCCAUUUCUUUGUUGUUAAAACUAUUGUUUAUUACUAUUUGGGAACAUUAGGUAACUCACUUUUGUUUGCAGUUACCACUUGGUAGUAUGCUGUUGUAAAGAAAUACAUCUGUACAUAUUGUUGGAAUAUGCCUCAUACUUGAUACUU